UUGGUUGGCUGGGUUGUUCGCUGUUUUGGUGGAAUCCGCAAAUUUCUGUGCCCGCGCCUUACGAAAACUUCCUCAAAUUUUUGCUAAAAUAAUCUCAAGAAAGCCUGGAAAAACUUGUGAAUUUUCAAUUUACAGGUUCCAGCAUUUAUAUAGUUUAGUGUGAAGUUGAAUCGUAGUCUUCAGUACAGCGCAUUCGGUUUAGAGAAAGCUUUUACAAACGAACGAAUAUGGUGGACAAAUUGGUAAACAGCGAGGCAAAUGCCCGACGAAUACAAAUGGUAGAAAAUUGUUUCGGAACUUCAGGCCAACCUCUGUUUCUACCAGGUCGUGUGCUUGUUGGCGAAGGGGUUUUAACGAAAAUGUGCCGUAAGCGUCCAAAGGCACGACAAUUUUUCUUGUUCAACGACAUCCUUGUGUAUGGCAACAUAGUAAUCGGCAAGAAAAAAUACAAUAAGCAACAUCUUAUUCCGCUGGAGGAAGUUCAACUCCAGGCCUUGGAAGAUAACGGACAAUAUCGCAAUGGUUGGCUUAUACGCACGGCAACUAAGUCGUUUGCAGUGUACGCCGCAACACAAACUGAAAAGCAGGAAUGGAUGGCUCACAUUAAUAAGUGCAUUGAGGAUCUCCUUCGAAAAAGUGGCAAAAAACCGGUUGAAACACAUGCUGCCGUAUGGGUUCCGGAUAGCGAGGCUACCAUAUGUAUGCAUUGUAAACGGACACAAUUUACUAUGUUAAACAGAAGGCAUCAUUGUAGAAACUGCGGUGCAGUCGUAUGUGGCCCAUGCUCAUCGAAAAAGUUUUUACUACCAGGACAAAGCAGUAAACCGCUUCGCGUUUGUUUGGACUGCUAUGAUAAUCUAACUGCUAUGAAAAGAGAUGGGAGUAAACCCCUAGUCUCUAAUAACAGCAAAACGGGCAACUCUCCGGAGAGUUCUGGUGAAGAUGACUCUGGUGAUGAAGAUGAUCACGUUAAAGACAACAAUGCGCAUGAUGAAAGCUCCGGCAAUCAAUUUACCAGCUCACAAUCGACCCUAGAGAGUACAGACAUCUGCGACACGAUCCCGGUGUCUCGGAUAUCCAUCGGGACCAGCUCCGGCAAGCGCGAAAGAGUGCGACGCAUGUUUGAGCACGCCUACGAAGGAUAUUUGCGGCAUGGCGUUCCCUACGAUGAAUUACGGCCGUUGUCCUGCGACGGUAUCGAUACGUGGGGUAGCUACUCCUUGACCCUAAUAGACGCAUUAGAUACCCUGGCAGUGAUGGGAAAUUACACGGAAUUCGGACGAGUUGUGACUUUACUGAGCGAACAAUCAUUCGAUGCGGACAUCAAUGUCUCCGUAUUCGAAACGAACAUCCGUAUCGUCGGUGGUCUGCUCUCUGCCCAUCUGCUGUCCCAUCAGGCCAGCGUGGAAUCAUUGGAACCGGGAUGGCCGUGCAGCGGACCGAUGCUGCGAAUGGCAGAAGAUGUAGCAAAACGUUUGCUUCCUGCAUUCGAUACCUCCACUGGAAUGCCGUACGGUACAGUGAAUCUUAGGCAUGGUGUGCCCUACGGUGAGACAUCUGUAACAUGCACGGCCGGAAUAGGAACAUUCGUUUUGGAAUUCGGCACACUGAGUCGCCUCACGGGCAACCCAAUCUACGAAAACGUUGCGACCAAGGCUUUAAAAGCGUUAUAUGAACAUCGCUCCCCACUUGGCCUCUACGGCAAUCACAUCGAUGUUCAGACCGGCCGCUGGAUUGCACAAGAUGCUGGAAUUGGAGCUGGAGUGGAUUCGUACUACGAGUAUCUGGUAAAAGGUUCAAUUUUGCUGGAAAAGCCAGCACUGAUGGCAACCUUCCUCGAGGGAAAAGCAGCAGUUGAUCGCUACUUGAAGCGAGACGACUGGUACGUUUGGGUUAGCAUGACGAAGGGACAGCUUACCCUGCCAGUAUUUCAAUCACUGGAAGCCUAUUGGCCAGGAUUGUUGAGUCUCUUCGGUAGCACUACAGAAGCCCUUCGUAUCCUGUACAGCUACCAAACAGUUUGGCGUCAGUAUGGUUUUCUGCCUGAAUUCUACAACAUUCCCACUGGCGAGGCCGGAACAAAUAGGGAAAACUAUCCGUUACGCCCAGAGCUGAUAGAAUCGGUUAUGUAUCUUUAUCGUGCGACCAAUGAUCCAUUUCUACUAGAGUUAGGUGAAAGCAUACUCGAAAGCAUCGAACACAGUGCAAAAACGGCCUGCGGAUACGCCACCAUUCGCAAUGUGCACAACCAUCAGCAGGAUGAUCGCAUGGAAUCCUUCUUUUUGGCAGAGACAACAAAGUACCUUUACCUGCUUUUUGAUACGAAUAAUUUCAUUCACAACGACGGACGAACGAGUAACAUCGUAAAGACUGAUGAGUUACAUGGGGAGUGUGUUCUCGGUUCCGGAGGUUACAUUUUUAACACUGAAGCCCACCCGAUCGAUCCCAUGGCACUUCGCUGCUGCGAAGCAAAACACACUAACAUUUUUUCCAACAAUGUUCAGCGACGUGGUCAAAUCUUUCGUUCCAGGAGGAUAACAAGGGCAGAAGAAAGUAGGAAGAUGAGAGUAUCCACUGAUCUAUCUAUGGAUGAAGCAAUAUCCACAAUGGAUACUAUUGAUGGGUUUUCGCACAACCAACGAAGGGAAAUUCCUUCACAGGCCGCAGAAGACGACGAUAGGGCUGCUGAAGGAAGCGUUUUUGAAAACAAGGAUGAACCAAUUGCACAAACUGCAGGACCCACUGUAAUAGUGACAGUCGGCAAAGAAACUUUAGCAGGAUCCUCCCAGGCAAGCAACGGCAGCGAAGGUGGGGAACCUCUCACGGGAACUGCGGCAGAACUUUCGGAAGAAAAUAAUCAGUUUUCUGAACAAUCUGUUACGGAUGCGGAAGGUGAAAAAGUGGAGCCCCAAAGACUAGCUACUCCAUUACUAUAUCCAAAACCGGGUGAUGGAGUUGUACCCGGAAUUGUGAACAGUGAUCCGACCAACAAUGAACCAGUCGCUACGUUUUUACAAUUCGUACAGGGGAUAUUUCAAAAACCUCAGUUAGAAUAUGGGUGGUCAACGAUUGAUGAAGAACGGAUACAUUCGAUGAAAAACAUCAAACGUACUGGAAGUACUAACAAGAUUAACAGUUCCACACUUCCCUUACUCCUGCCCAAUAAUUCAGUUAACCAUUUACUGACGUGUAGAGCGCAGCACUACACAGAGCGGUUGACGUUGUUGGGAGAGUUUUUUUAAGCUUUCUAGCGAUAAAUAAACUAGUAAAAUUAAUUAUGGAAGAGUGAUGACCAAUCUAUUUUGCCAGUAUCCAUACACCGAUAGAGAAGAUGGAACGACAAGGGUAGUAUGGGAAAGGGGGGAAAUGUGCCAGUGCACUUACAAAUAAAGAAAGAACUCCACGUAGAUCGACGGGAGCAAAAUAUAAGUAAGAAUUCUGCUCAGCUUUUUUUACAUAUAUGAGAACGGGCGUAUAUUUAAUUCUCAGCUCAGCUACAAACUUGCAACGUUGCAAUAGGAGGUUCCCACAAAUGUUGAAAAUAAAUAUUACAGUGAUACAAAUUCGUAUUCGUACGGUUAUACCGCGCCAUCCACGCCACACGCCACUUGUUAUGAACAUUAUGCAAGUAUAACUAGAAUUGAUUCUAGUACAACAAUUAUCGUUUGUUGUGACGGAUAUCACCUUCUUGGAAGAAGGUACUUAGUUUCGUGCGUGGCGAUGAUUUUAGUGAGGGAGAGUCUGUACUGUUAUAAUUGCAUGAUGCUAUACGAGCAUUAGUUUGCACUGUGGGGAUGUGGCACAGCCGUACGAAUAUGAAUUUGUAUCACUAUCAUAUACAGUGCAAUUUUUGCAAUGAAAGAGAGCAUUUGCGUAGCUUACAACAGAUUUAAGUGCACGAAAAAACUUGAAGAAUGUUCUUUUUUCCUAGCAUUCGAUAAAUAAAGUAUAUUGCAAUCGUCGAUAAUGAAGAAUCAGUUAUGACUGUAUUAUUA